CGUUGGCAUUUUAAAGGAAAUGUAAAGUGGAGCGUCACAUGCAUCUCGUAGCUGUGAGCGCCUUUGACGAUGUCUGUCACGAAAUCAUCUACCUCUGUGCAUGCAGCGUUACUUGGCACUACGGAGCAGUGGUGGGUAUACUAAGGACGUACAAUACUUAAAGUAGAUUGGUCAGGUGACCACACGCCAUCAACAACAAAACGAAAUUAGAGGGGCAAAGGCAAACGUGUUUGAGACUGCUGGAUUGAGAUAGUAGCGAUAUUGCUGUGAACAAAAACAGUUACAGCAACGUCAUGGAGCAAAUAUGAGGCAACAGGAGAUUAUUCAGCGUAAUGGAUCGAAUGCCGGUUCUCCUCUUUGCAAUCCUCCAUCUCUAUCUUAGCUGUGCUAAUGUAGAGAAGGUACAGCUUCAGGUGGUUGUCAGCAGCACGCUCUGCAGUGUCACAUGUGGCAUGGGGACCAAGGUGCAAACGGUUUGCACGAUGAAAGAUGGUGAGAAGGCCUUGGAGAAAACGAAAGGGAGUGCAGAAGCAGUCGAGGAGAUGGAACAGUGUCACGAUGUGAAAGUCAAGUGUCGAGAGUCAUGGCAGUGUGGACUCAAGACCGUCACUGUGACAACAGGAGAGAAACUGAAGCUGGAUUGUCUGGUGGAGGACACAAAACAGAUGGAGCUUUCAUGGAGGGUAGCAUGGCGCCGCGCCGCAGGGGUGAUCAGCUCUGACGACUUGCUUUUUGUCCACUGGGACAAUCCGCAUUUGGACGUGGUCAUUCUGAACCCGGUCAGGGAAGAGCACGCAGGAACGUAUCGCUGUGAGGUGCUUGAUGCCAAUUUCAGAAGGUUGAAAACGGUUUAUUGGGGUGUCCGAGUGCUGCCAAAGGGGAUCCUGAAUCUGGACUAUGACCACGCUCAGAGUGUGUGGGACUCACCUUGGAACUGGAAAAAGCACAUUAUGUCAAGCCUCCUUGAUUCGCCGAUCCUGUGGCUUUACAUAAUGAUGACCUUUCUGAGCCUUCUCAACGUGGGAGUGGUGCUCUUCCUUGUGGUGAGAAUCUUGAAGAACAGAGGCUCAUUUAAGAUCACUGAGGGUGGAAACUGCCCUGAGACAAUGACAGAGCUGUGACAGCUGCAGGUUCAGGGACCAUAUGCUUGGCAACACAUUAAGCGUUUCAGGAGUAAAGGGCUACCACUUUCCAGUCUCAGUUUUUUUCAAGAUACUGGGAAAGCAUCUGAGGGGGGGAAAAAAAUAACCUAAUCUACAAAGCUGUGAUAACGUGGCAAGGUCAAAAUGUCAUAAAAAGUUAGUUUUUUAAGAUGACAGUAUUGAUGGAUAAAUAUAUUUGAAAUCUGA